AUGAUCGUUACUGGAGGGAAUACCGGAAUUGGGAAAGAAACUUGUAAAGCGCUUCUCAAUAAGAACGCCAAAGUUUACCUGGCUGCUCGUAACAAGUCAAGAGCAGAUGAAGCUAUCGAAUGGUUGAAGAACGAGACCAGUGGAAAAGCGCCAAUAUUCUUGGAAUUAGAUCUGGCGAACUUUGCUUCGAUCCGCAAGGCUCGAGGAGUUUAA